AUUAUUUUUCAUCUAUUUGUGUUGUUGUUGACUGCAGUGAGUUUUAUUCCCAGCAGGAACAACAACAUUCCCACGUGGUUCACCGUCACGUCCACCUGUUUGUCCACCUGAACAGCGGCCCUCAGGACCGGAAGUAGCAGACCCCCGAGCAGGGCACGUGCCUGCUUAGAGACAGGUGAAGCUGAUCUAGUCUCUCCACGAGUCCAUCACUGAUUUCCUGCUUUGUUGUGUUUUGGGUUUUCUUCACCGUCUUUUUCUGGACCCUGAAGCUGCUCGUGUCUGCAGACAUCUGUCUUUACCGGAAAAGGACCGGAGAACGGGAGCCCUGUCUGUGGAAGCUGCUCGCUCUAACGCGCGCGUGCGCGCUCGCCUCGCGCUAGCAUGAUGCCGGUGUGAACUGAUCCAACCUGCCGGCCGCUCUGCAGCCUCACAGAGGACCGCCCCAUGAACCGCAGGAUGAGGCUGGAUGAGAACCAGGCGGCCACGCCCCCCGCUAAAGGGAAAAGUGGUCCCGCGUCCAGUCGCUACCAACCCGCCUCACAAUACGACGACGCCACCCUCGCCCAGAAAAGAGAGUAUUGGAGGAACAAAAAGCGCGAGCAAAGGGCGCGGCUGGCAAAGCGGAGAGGAAAGGCGACUCUGGACGGUCCAGACAGAAAACCCCAGCACUCCUUCUGUCCCGGUGCCGCCUCCUCUCUGCACCCCAGGCGUGGUGAGAUUUAUGUUCCACAGUGUAGAAAUACAAUUCCAAAAAGUUCCCACGGUGCUGCUGACACCCAAAAGGGGGAGUGGCCUGAAAAGACUGAAGUCAGCGAGGUUUUCCCUUCUGUCCCGGCUGAAGCAGCGGAGGAGGCCGCCGUGAGACCCUCAGCAGCGAGGGUUGCCAAAGUGGUUCCCUCACCUUUGGGAGGUGGGUCCCAGAGGAACGCCGGUCCGUCAGUGCCUGCAGUCAGAGCGAUGGGGGUCAACAAUGGCCGCCCGCGUGCAUCGCUGCACGGCGGAUCCGUACCCCAAACCCCGUGUAGGCCACAAGCUGCUUUACCAGAUACCAGGAUUUCCUCCCCUCAUGGCCCUUCCUGUGAGGAAUCCCAGCCCAAAGCCACACAUCCGACGCCCCAACGUGGAGCCAAGGCCCCCACACUGUCUGAGGAGGAGAAGGCCGCCAAGCGCAGGGAGCAAUGGAGGAUCAAAAAACGGGAGCAGAGGGCCAAAACGGCAGCCCAGAGAGCCAAGCAGAAGAUGAAACCGACGGGCCGAUCCGACCCGCAUCCUCCAGGUCCCAUCCUGAGAUCCUUCUCAUCUGUUCGGCUGCAAAGUGCUGCCGUUGCAAUAACAAACACGCUAAAAAGUCCGAUGAACGUUCCUCACACACGAGGGAAUAAAGCUGCACCGACCAAUUCCCCGUUCAAUCCCACCUCAGGGAAGAAACCUCAGAAUCACGCCUUCCAUUCUAACGGCACCAGAGGAAGCGUUCGCUGUAAAACACCCAGACAACGCUCCAUCCAAGUCCAGAGGAAUCUGACCCCCCAGAGAAACCUGAGAUGCAAAAGUCUGCCAGCGUUUGUGACCAGAAGCAGUCCCAGGAUCGACCCCAGCGACACGCCUGAGGCGGUGGUCGCCAAGCGCAGAGAGUACUGGAGGGUCAAGAAGCGAGAACAACGAGCCAAACUGACGAUGGAGAUGAGAACGCGACUGAGGGAGAAGGACUCCCUCAUGAGGAGAGUCAAACGUUACCAGCAAAUCCUCAACCAGAUGAGAAGGGCGCGAGCAGCGGCGGGAAGCUCAGCGGUCCGGGCCUCCGACGCCAUCGGAGGGUUCAUCGGGGAGGACGGAACGCUGGCUGUGGGCGUUCCUCAGAGUCCCAAAGGCCGCCACACGGCGGGACACGAGGGGGAGGAGGAGGAGAACCACAAGGUUUCCCAGAAUUCCCCCAUCAUCACUCAGCUGCAGCGCCAGCAAAGAAGCUUUGCUCCUGUCGGGAUGCACCAACCCUCUCCUCCUCUUCCUCCAUCUUCAGCCUCCUUUGCUCCAGCUCUGCAGGCAGUCCGCAGCUCUCCAAGACCAAAGACCGCCACCGUUCCUUCUUCACAGAGCGGAGGUCCGCUGAAACUCUGGGCUCCUCCGCCCAACAGGGACCCCUCCUCUGGACCCAACCUGGGCAGGUGUGCGGUGAAGGCGGCCGCCACGUGGAGGUUCUCGUCUGCCGACUCCGGAGUGUCCGAGGAGAUGAGGGUGGCGAGGAAGAGGGAGUAUUGGAGGACGAAGAAACGGGAGCAGCGAGCGGCUCUUGCUGCUCGCCUCAAGCUGGGCCUCAGUGCAGCCAUGAAGAGGAGAAAGGCUCAGAGGCAGGAGGCGGCAGCCCCCACCCCGCUGGGGAGAGGUCUCAGCCAUGGCGCAAGAGACGGGCUCCGCCUCCACAGCAGCACUCCUCCCAUCGCCCCACAGGCGGAUGGCAUCAAACAGGAGGGAGAGUCUGACCCCAAUCCUCAGCCAGAGCCAGCCAUCUGCCCCGACAGAAAGCCCCCGGCCUCCCCGUUUGCCCCUCCAGGGAGCCAGCAGGAGGCGGAUCCGUCUCAGUGUGCAGACAGCCAGGCUGCCACUCUGCUGGCCGUGGCCUCCAUGAAGAAACUCCUGGAGGAGUCCCUCAGCUCUGUCUCUGACGUUAAGAUGGAGGCGGUGGAGGGCGAUUCAGAACCGAACCCACAGCCGGAUCUUCAGAGGGACUCGAUCAGUCCCAUCUCUGCUGACGUGGCCAUGCUUCUGAGUGACUGGCAGCCAGACGACCAGACCGUGGAGGAGAAACCAAACCUUCAGAGCUCCUCACAGACCGGCCUUUUUCUGCCGCUCUCAGAGGAAAAGUACUCAGCCCAGAGUCCUUCAGACUUCACCCACAGCUUUGGAGCCUCGGAUGACCGGAUGCUUCCGUGUCGACUUCAGGGACUGUGCAGCAAAAACGGUGGAACCCGCUGUUCCACAGAACCACCAAAACUGCAUCACAUCACACAGGAAUGCCCCCACCAGCAGGAACCGGAGGGCGACACACGGCGCCCGGCUCCAGAGACGUUUGGCCCCUCACAGCAGCCCAGCAGGGCUGGGGCGGAGCAGCUCGGCUCCAGCAGCCUCCAGAAGAAAAGGGAGUACUGGAAGCUGAUGAAGAGGCAACAGAGAGCCCGACUGAAGGAGAGACGGCGAGAAGACGGCAGCUCGCUGCUUCUGACCGGAAGCAUUCAGAUCAAGCAAAUCCUGCAGUCCGACCUGCCGGCUUCUUCUGGGGCUGAAGGUCCAAGAGCCCCGCCUCUCCUGCUAGUCAGCCAAUCAACAAGCACCACUCAGAGGUCCUCUGACACGCCUCAUGUCAAGCUUCCCGCCGCCUGCAGGGUGGAGAAGACGACCCCCACACAAAGGGUUUUGGAACCUCAGCAAUAUUUCCAAAAGUGGAUUCCAAGAACCAACGAGGUAACCUGUGUGCCCCCCCCUCCAGCCCUGAAACCUCCAGACAACCCGCUGUCCAGCCUCAACCUGCAGCUCUUUGAGCCCCCCCCCCAAAGUCCCGCCUGCUCCAUCACCAGCCCCAGGAGAGUUCCUCGUGGUCAUCCUCAGGUUCCUAACAGUCGGGCGGAGUCUUCCAUCAAAUCAGCCCCCCUGUGCACCGUGCUUCCCCCUAAACUCAUCCCUGGGGAGUCCGAGAAGGACUUCACCAAGAGAAAGAGAGAAUACUGGAGAGUCAAAAAGAAGGAACAGAGAGCCAAGAAAGCCAUUCAGAAACGAGGACUCAGUCCAAGGAUAGGCCCCAGCAGCUGGAGCCCCUCCUUCCCCCCCCCGGACCUGCAGCCACGGGCCGGGCCCGCUCAGGGUUCUGGUCAGUGGGGAAUCCCUUCAGAAGGUCCAGACCACUUCCAAAGCCACCCGGGACAGUGGACGGCUCAGAGAAGAGGUGAAAACCUGACCGUCUGCUCGGAGUCUCUGUAUCCGGACAACGAGGAGGAAGAGGAGGAGGAGGAGGCUCUGUCAGGCACAGUGUGGAGGAGGCACUACCUCAUGGACUACGAUCCGCUCAACCAGCUGCUGGUCUGCAUGGUGUGUGGGGAACUGCAGUACUCUCACAGCCCGGAGGGGGUGAGGGCCCACAUCGAGGAGACGCACCCCCACUCCAUGACCUUAGAGCCCCUGGAGAAGCAGCGAAUCCUGGAGGCCUGGGACGAGCAGGUGUCCCGGCGGGAGCGCUUCUUCAGCAGGCAGCUGCAGCAGAACAGCAGGGAUCUGGCAGGUAUGCAGUCCAAGAGAAACAUCUAGACACGUGCGUCGGCUUUUCUGAGAGAGGAACGGUUAGGCGGUCCAGGAGAACCGGUCCUCGUUUCAAGCAGACUUUGAAAAAAACUGUUUUUUCACAUUCAAGGAAAGAGGCUGGAAGAUGGGACGCGACGCCCCAAAAACCAUUUACCUCAGUUUUUUCUAAUGUCAUAAAGACGUUUCUGUUAUUGUU